AUGUAAUAAGUAUUUAAGAAAAUUGGAACACAUAAUGGAGCAUUCCAUGUAGAUGAAGUUUUAGCAUGUGCAAUGUUGACUAAAUAUACUAAUGAAUUCAAAAAUGGAAUUAUAACUAGAACAAGAGAUCCAGCUAUUUGGGCAUAAUAGGAUAUUUUAGUAGAUGUUGGAGGCAUUUAUGAUCCAUUAACACAUCGUUAUGAUCAUCAUUAAAAAGAAUUCUAGGAUUCAUUUUCUAAAGAUUUUCAUAUUCGUUUAAGUAGUGCAGGUUUAAUAUAUAAACAUUUUGGAUUAGAAAUUAUAUAGAAUAUAAUUAAUCAUAUUAUUGCUACAGUUGAUAUUACUGUUGAAAUUGUAUAUUAUUUUUAUUCAAUCAUUUUAGGAAAAAGUGGAUGAUUAGAGUCUAAACUUAAUGUAUUUGAAAUUAUAUAAGAAUUUCAUAUAAAGUAUAGAUGCUAUAGAUAAUGGAAUUAAUUAAUAUCCUAAUUAAGAUCAAAUUAAAUAUUAAAUCAAUACACAUUUAUCAGCAGUUAUUAAUAGAUUUAAUCCUAGUUGGUGUGAAAAGAAUUAGGAUGAAAAUAUUAAAUUUCAUUAAGCCCUUGAAUUUGUAAAUAAUGAACUUAUUUCACAAGUGAAAUCAAUCUAUUUGUAUUUAUCUAUUUCAUCUCAUCUAGAGGGUGGUAUUCUGGAAGAAUUUAUGUUUAUUAAGCCUUUGAAACUCGAUUUCAAUAAGAUCCAUCUGGAUAAAUAAUUAAAUUACCAAUUGCUUUACCAUGGAAAAGUCACAUCUUUGAAAUUGAACAAGAAAAAGGGACUGUUGGUUUAAUUAAAUUUGUUUUAUAUCCUGAUAAAAAUGAAGGUUGGAAAGUUUAAGCUGUAUCAAGUAAUGAAGAUAGCUUUGAAAAUCGUAAAUCUUUAAAAUAAGAAUGGAGAGGUAUCAAGGAUAUGGAAUAAUUGAAAAAUAUAUCUGGAAUUGAUGAUAUUGUAUUUGUUCAUGCCAGUGGAUUUAUUGGAGGAGCUAGAUCAUAUGAAAAUGCAUUAAAAAUGGCUAAAUUAAGUCUAGAUUGA